AUGCUGAGUCCCUCGGUAACGACUGAACCCACAUAGAGCACAGGCACUGAUAAUUUCUUUUCGGGGAGUGAAUUUGUCCGUGGUGUGAUUGAUAGGUUGAUCGAAACCUAGAGAAAGGAAAGCGAGGAUGAACAUUGUAGAAUCGGUGGUUACGCAAAUCCAAGGGCUAUCGAGCAGCGCGACAGAUAUCGCUGCACUUCAUACUUAUUUGAAACAGGCAGAUGAGUCGCUUCACACUGAGUCCGCUCGGUUGUUGCCCUUCCUCGACCAUCUUGACCCGUCCAUACAUUCUCUCGGUUACCUCUAUAUCCUGGAUGCAUGUACAUCAGGUCCAAUUUCUGAAGAGCAAGCCAAAACAUUGGUCUUAAUCUUUGCCAGGUUCAUCACUUCUUGUGUUGCAGAGCAGAUUCGUUUGGCAUCUGAUAAGUUUGUAUCUGUUUGCAAGAGGUUCAAGGACCAAGUUAUGCUGCUUAAAGCACCUAUGCAGGGGGUGGCUGCAAUGCUAUCUGCUGUACGAAAGCUUCAGUCUUCCUCUGCACAUUUGACCACUUUGCAUCCAGAGUUCCUUCAACUUUGCUUAUUGUCAAAGAGCUAUAAAACUGGUCUUUCUGUUCUGGAAGAUGAUAUUUUUGAGGUUGAUCAGCCAAGAGACCUGUUUCUCUAUUGUUAUUAUGGAGGGAUGAUGUGCAUUGGACAAAAGCGCUUUCAAAAAGCAUUAGAGCUUCUGCACAAUGUUGUCACUGCUCCUAUGUCUUCUAUAAAUGCUAUAGCUGUUGAAGCGUACAAAAAAUACAUAUUGGUUUCUCUUAUUCACCAGGGACAGUUCUCCACCAGUCUCCCUAAAUAUGCUUCCUCAGCAGCUCAGAGAAAUCUGAAGAACUUCUGUCAGCCGUACAUUGAAUUGGCAAAUAGUUAUAGUACUGGAAAAAUUGCAGAACUAGAGACAUAUGUCCAGACAAGCAGGGAGAAGUUUGAAAGUGACAAUAAUCUAGGACUUGUUAAGCAGGUUCUAUCAUCUAUGUACAAGAGAAAUAUCCAGAGAUUGACCCAGACAUAUUUGACUCUCUCCCUCCAAGAUAUAGCCAACACAGUGCAACUCAAUAGCCCAAAAGAGGCGGAAAUGCAUGUGCUUCAAAUGAUCCAAGAUGGUGAAAUAUAUGCAACAAUCAACCAAAAAGAUGGGAUGGUUAGAUUCCUAGAGGAUCCUGAGCAAUAUAAAACUUGUGAGAUGAUCAAGCAUAUCGACUCCUCAAUACAAAGGAUGAUGGAACUGUCAAAGAAGUUAACUACGAUGGAUGAACUCAUGUCAUGCGAUCCCUUGUACCUGGCAAAGGCUGGGAGGGAACGUCAGAGAUUUGAUUUUGACGAUUUUGACACUGUUCCUCAGAAAUUCAAUAUAUGAUCAGAGCCAGAGGCAUGUGGACGAGAUGUUGUAAAUGAUGCUAGGCUCAUAUUUUGUUUUAUCUGCGCCAUGUUGAAAGAGAUGGGGAAAUUUUUUCCUUUUGUUCCACCAAUGGAAAUUAAUGCACAUGUCAAAGCCCCCUCUUUUUUCUUGACAUUGUGAUAAGCAUCCGGUUUUAGUUAUUAAAACAUUUCAAUCAUGUUUUACUGUA